CCUUCCGGGCUUAGUUCUCGUCUCUAGCCCCGCCCCAGGGCCUCGCCCCGCUCCAGCUUCGCCUUCUGGGCUAGGUCCUGGUCUCCAGCCCCGCCUCCGAUCCUCACCCCACCCCAGCCACGCCUUCCGGACUUGGUCCUCGUCUCUAGCUGCGCCCCUGAGCUUCGCCUCACUCCGGCCCCGCCUUCCGGACUUGGUCUUAGUUCCCAGUUGCGGCCAAAUCACGCCUCAGCCACGUCCCGCAAGCCUCUCACUGCCUCAGCCACGCUUUCCAGGCUGGUUUCUGGUCCCCAUCCGCGGCUGGUCCGGCCCUGGGACCGAAUCACUUCCCAGCGAGAGGAAACUCAAAUUUCUCGACCCGCUACGGGAAGGUCGCGGCCGCCGCCCUGUCAGCCGCCUCGGCGCCCCCAGGAGGACCCCUCGGGUCUCUUUAACCGGAAGCGGAAGUGCGUGUCGGCGGGAUCAUGGCGACUUUGGUGGAACUGCCGGACUCGGUCCUGCUCGAGAUCUUCUCAUACCUCCCGGUACGGGACCGGAUCCGCAUCUCCAGGGUCUGUCACCGCUGGAAGAGGUUGGUGGACGACCGGUGGCUGUGGCGACAUGUCGACCUGACGCUCUACACGGCCCUAUGAUGCCAAGUAGAGAAAUCCAGCAAUAAAAGGCAGAUAUGCGACCUAAAGUCAUGUGGCACCUCCUUAGAAGGUACAUGGCAUCCCGGCUCCAUUCCCUGCGGAUGGGUGGCUACCUGUUCUCUGGCUCCCAGGCCCCCCAGUUGUCCCCUGCUCUGUUGAGAGCCCUGGGCCAGAAGUGCCCCAACCUGAAGCGCCUCUGCCUGCACGUGGCCGACCUGAGCAUGGUGCCCAUCACCAGCCUGCCCAGCACCCUGAGGACCCUGGAGCUACACAGCUGCGAGAUCUCCAUGGCCUGGCUCCACAAGCAGCAGGACCCCACCGUGCUGCCCCUGCUCGAAUGCAUCGUGCUGGACCGCGUCCCUGCCUUCCGUGACGAGCACCUGCAGGGCCUGACGCGCUUCCGGGCCUUGCGCUCGCUGGUGCUGGGUGGCACCUACCGUGUGACCGAGACAGGGCUGGAUGCUGGCCUGCAGGAGCUCAGCUAUCUGCAGAGGCUCGAGGUGCUGGGCUGCACCCUGUCUGCCGACAGCACCCUGCUGGCCAUCAGCCGCCACCUCCGAGAUGUGCGCAAGAUCCGGCUGACCGUGAGGGGCCUCUCUGCCCCUGGCCUGGCUGUCCUGGAGGGAAUGCCGGCCCUGGAGAGUCUGUGCCUGCAGGGUCCCCUCGUCACCCCGGAAAUGCCCUCCCCCACUGAAAUCCUCUCCUCCUGCCUCACUAUGCCCAAGCUCAGAGUCCUUGAGCUGCAGGGGCUGGGGUGGGAGGGUCAGGAGGCAGAGAAGAUCCUGAGUAAGGGGCUGCCCCACUGUAUGGUCAUCGUCAGGGCUUGCCCCAAGGAGUCUAUGGACUGGUGGAUGUAACUACUCCACCUGCCCCUGGGACCCAUCCCAGUUUUCAUCGUUGAGCCCCAGACCCUCUGAGCAGCACCUUGAAGAGGGCAGAUAAUCAGACUUGAGGAAACUGAAAGCCCCAGGUUGCGAGAACAGAGGCCUAGGGCCCUCCAGACCUUUGGAAUCACUGUUUGCCAGCUAUGUGGCCUUGGUCAUAUCAUCAGCCUCUGGGAAGCCUAGUUCCCACAUCUGGAAAUAAGGAUGAUCAUAGCUACCUCAUGGUUACAUUGCAAAGCCUUACUCUAAAAGCUCCCAGCCUCCAGAGGCUCUCAAUGAAGAGUCACCUUCAUGGUCGUCCUCAGGAACCGGACGGAUGAAGAAGGGGUGGGGUUAAGACUUAGGGGCACCCGAGGGUCUGAGCCCCCUUAUGAGUACCCAAGAAGGACUGUCUAUGCAUGCACACCCACAAGCCUAUACACCAUUUAUAUACCUACACACACGCAAGAGACGCGGAGAGAUAGGCAAUGCAGACUCGCGAUUCAAUGAUCGAUAUGCUCAUAAAAGUUCUCAAUUAUAUUUUCUGUAUUUUGUAUGCUGUAUUUUCCAAGACGUAUAUUAUUUUGCUAUUAAAGAAAAAAAUCAUUUUUUUUUUUCCCGAGAA